AUGGUUAAGUAUCGGUCUCUGAUCUCUUCUAUUCAAUGGAAGAAGAAGUGGCCAAAGUUGAAGAGAAGGGCAAGAGGAAGAACAGAAAGAACACAAAGAGGAGAUGAUCAUGAGAUUACUUUUGAUCUCAUGAUCGAGAUCCUAACUAGGUUGCCUGCUAAAUCACUUAUGAGGUUCAAGUGCGUCUCGAAACUCUGGUCUUGUCUGAUCCCUUCUCGAUAUUUUAGCAACCUUUAUCUCACGGUUGCAUCAUCUCCAUCGCGAAGAGCGCGACCACUUAAUCUAUACAUGAGUUUGAAUGUGAGUUUGACUUGGAUGAGACACUACAAGUGUGAUUCAAUGGAGCUCUGCCACCGCCCUGGAAAGUGUGAACUGCUAUCCUUAAGGUUGUCUUCGUCGCUUAGUAAUAUUGCUGAAUCAUCGUUAGAACCAGAUUUGACUUUCCCAGGGAUGGGAGGAUACAAGAUGGUAUCUCUUCGCGGUUUGAUUUUAUACACUGUUUGCAGAAAAGCAUGUAUCUAUAAUCCCGCCACUAGACAAAGCUUAAUCUUACCCGCCGUCAAAUCCAACGUCUUUGCUCAGCAAGAACCUAAUAAGCAUGUCUUCUACUUUUUCGGACAUGAUCCUGUUCAAGAUCAAUACAAAAUAGUCUGUAGUAUUGUGGUAUUUUCGGAUUAUCGUGUGAGGAUAACCUCCGAGUUUUGGGUGUUCGUACUGGAACCCGGAGGUUUUUGGAAAAGAAUUGAGUAUGAUGAUCAACCUCACCUUCGUUCAAGACCAGGACUCUGCAUCAACGGAGUUAUAUAUUAUCUGGCUUUCAACCAUACAUGUAGGGAUAAUGUUUACUGUUUUGACGUUAGGUCUGAAAAGUUCCAUAAGAUCCAAGCACCCCAUGAGUUGUCUCAGUUUUGUAAGUCCUUCGGUUUUAUAGAGCAUGGUGGAAAACCAGCAAUCUUUGAUUAUACUCAUAUUAAAGAAACGGGUGUCUCAGAGUUGUGGGUCUUGGGGCUGGAUGGUGGAACAUGGUCGAGGAAGUCUCUGAUUUUGCAGCCUUGUCAGAGACAUUUACUGGAUGACAUUAACAUUAAGUUGAUUGUUCAUGGUACAGGUCAGAACAAUGAGGUUAUCUUGGCUAUGCCUUGUCCUUGUUACCUUCUCUAUUACGAUCUGAGAAAAAAUGAUUUGAGGAAGGUUAAUAUCAAUAGAGCUACAACGCGGGAUGCCUGUUUCAAGGUUCUGGAUAAGUGCGAAAGCAUCAUGCAUUUGGAAAUUUGA